AUGUCCCUAGAGCCGCUCUCUCUCCCCUCCCUCCUCUCCCUCCCCGUCGAAGCUGUUUCCGCAAAGCUUCGCUCCACACCGCCCGCGCAUUUGGAGCAGCUUCGCGUCUCGCUAUGGGACAUCCUUGGUACGCCCGACCGCAAGCCGGAGUUUCUCUCCCUCCAGCGCCUGCUUAUAACGCGUACGGGCGCCGGCGCGGUCCUCACCGCGGAGUCGCUCUCCCGCGCGCACUACACGCAUCUGAAGAUCCUCGUCGCUGUUCGGACCGGCAUCCAGGCGUUUCUGCACCCCGAUAUAGCCAUCCCGCCAACGUCUUUAAUCGAAAUCUUCCUCCGCCGUCGCUGUCAGAACAUGGCCUGCCAGAGCCCGCUUCCCGCGGGCGGCUGCCGCUGUCGUUUCUGCACGACGGGCAACGGCGACCCGGGGGAAUCCGGCCGGGCGGGAGCAGAUGGGGGAGCGACAAAUACCGCCGGAAUUUCCGGUACCACCAGCGCCAACACCUCCGGUGCUAUGACCAGGGGUAACUCUGGGGCAGGCACUAGCGCUGGUAUUGCUUCUGACACGGAAAUUGGCGGGGGAUUUUGCAAUUUGUGCAUGUGUGUCGCAUGCGGAAAAUUCGAUUUUGACACCAACACGUGUCGCUGGAUUGGAUGCGAUUUUUGUCUUCAUUGGUGCCACACGGAUUGCGCGCUCCACAUGGGGUUCGUGCGCCACGGCGCAGUGGGGGCUGGGGGAAGCGCGGGCGGCGCUGGGGGAAGAGGCGGAGGGCAGGCGGGCGGGGGUGCUGCGGAGGGCUCCGCGGACGGGGCGACGGCGGGGACGAGUGCGCAGUUCGCGUGCCCCGCGUGCGCGCGGUCGUCGGAGCUGUUUGGGUUCGUGCGCGACGUGUUCCGCCUGUGCUCCGCGCAGUGGGACGCGGAGGCCGCGCGGAGGGAGCUGGAGUGCGUGGGGGGAAUCUUCGGCGCAAGCACGGACGCGCUCGGGCGCGAGCUUGCGCGGAGGGCGGCGUUGGCGCUGAGGGAACUGCGGGAGGGGCGCAGGGCGUGCGCGGAUAUUUGUCGCGACAUGCAGCUGUUUUUCGCCAGCAGUGCCUCAUUCGUUGCUGCUCCUCCCAAUCCUGCCACCCCCGCCGCUUCAGCUGCUUCUGCUCCUCACCCUCCCCCAACAAUGGCCCCUCCUGCUCCUCCCGUCGCCGCAUCUGCUCCCGUUGCUGCUGCUCCUGCUCCUCCUCCUCCUCCCCCUGCCGCUGCUGCUUCUACUGGCGCUUCUCCCAUCCCUCCCAUGGGCCCGGUUGUCUCCGCCAUAGGCUCGGCCAGACCUGCUCCCGGGCUUCCCGGUCCAGGUUCGGGCCCUACCAGACCCAGCUCCGGCCCCACCGCGUCCACGUCAGCGCUUUCCAAACCUCCGUCUCUGCCUCGUUACCAGUCCAGCCUGGAAGCAGCGCGAGAGGCUCUGGCAGAAUGUCAUAGGGAUGUACUAGGGAAGCGGAAAGAGGCAGCUGCGGUGGAGGAGGAGCGAGCGCGGAAGAAAUGGCAGGUUCAGGAGCUGGAAGCGGUUGCUGCGUCGCGAUUGGCAGACGCGGAACGAAUGGAGAGAGAAGCGGCGGAAGCGAGGAAAGAGGUCGAGGUGCUGAAGAUGAUUAUAUCGGUGAAAAAAACGACUUCGGAGGAGGAGUUUCGGCGGAGAGGGGUGGAUUUGGCGCUAGAGGAAGCAGAGGCUAAUUUGAGGGGUGAGGAGGAGGGUCAAAAGACCGCUGCUGCUUUGCAAGUGGGGCAACGGAGUCAAGAGGCGCGAGAGGUGGAAAAGGGGCAACAGGGACGCAAAGGGGGUCUGACAGUUACUGAGUUGCGGGGACCGGCAGUUGAAGAGAAGGCAAAUAAAGACAAGGCAGAUGAAGAGAAGGCAGGUGCUUUCGAACACUCUGUUGGCAGCAGAGCUGGUAGUUUGCCCCUGAUGGCCCAGCCAAGGGGAGGUACGACUGGUGAGGGUACAGCUGGGAAAGGGGAUACUGGGGAAGGUGCAUCUGGGGAAGGUGUUCCUGGGGAAGGUACAGCUGGGAAGGGUACAGCUGGGGAAGGUACAAGUGGGAAAGGAGGUGUUAUUGAGAAGGAAGGUGCUCCUUCGGUCAGUGAUGUGGAAGAGGUGGAAGCAGGUGAAGGGACAGUGGCCAGGGAGAAGGGGCAGAGGGAGAAGGGGGAGAAAGAAAAAGGAGAGAGGGAAGAGAGGGAGAGGGAGGAAAGGGAGAGGGGAGAAGCUAGAGGGGAGGGAAAGGGGGAUGAGGAGAAGGAAGGGAAGAGAGAAGGGGAAGGGAAUGGGGGUUUAGCGGUCAAGAGAAAAUCGAGCGUCGACGCUGCUACUGGUAGUGGUGGCACUGAUGGUGGUAUGGAUAAAGUGAGGCCAGGAGGAGUAGGAGAGAAGGAUGUGGGAAAGGAAGCUGGCUUGUUGGUGGUAGACCCCGCGCCGCGUGCGGCGGAGAUUAAGGAGGCGAAGGACCGGCGGUGGGAUCGUAGCGAGAUUCGCGGCAUGUGGGAGUUUGCUUCGAUACUCGAUUUUUUCAGAAUUUUCCGGGAGCCGCUACAGCUUAGCAUCGACGCUACAGCCGAAGACAUCGAAACGGCUCUGCUAACCCCGGAGCCGUCUCCGCUACUUAAAGACAUACACAUUACACUUCUUAAGGGCAUUCAACCGUUCAACCGUCCACCAGCGGACCAUCGCACAUGGGCCACACUGGUGUGCCGUCGCGUGCACAACACAUGGCCGCAGGUGGCACCAGGGAUUUGCCCUCUCUAUUCCUGUCAAGGGGCUGAGGCGGAGCUCUACGCGUCGCUCCCUCCGCCUGACCGCGUGCGCAUCUUGAAAGCCCUCUGCGAGAUUCGGCUAGAUCAAGAGGACACGCGAGUGGUGAUAGAAGCAGCCAUGAAGAGGAACCCCGAGGAGAUUCGCAUGGAGCCGUUUGGGGUAGACGCCAAAAACCACGUGUUUUGUGCUGUAUGGAUGGAAGGAUUGAUAUGCCUUGAAGAAACCACAGCAGUGGUGGUGGAAGAAGCAAAGGCGGAGACAGCAAGAGAUGUUGCCACAAGUGUUUCUAAAGCUGAAGCUGAAGCUGUCACCGAAGUUUCUCAACCACCAGCCACCAGUGUUGAUGGUGACACAGCUGUUCCUGCAGAGACAGUGGCAAAGGCGGAGGCUGGGAAAACUGCUGCCAAAAGUGCUGCUAAAGCCGAGCCCGUAGCUGUCACGGUGGCACAAGUUUCUCAGCCGCCUGCCACAAGUGUUGAUGAUGACACCGAUGCUGCUGUUCCUGCAGAGACAGUGGCAAAGGCGGAGGCUGGGAAAACUGCUGCCAACAGUGCUGCUAAAGCCGAGGCUGAAGAUGAAACAGAAGCCGCUGAGCCUACUCAAGCGACCAGAAGCUCUGAUGAUCAUACAGAUGCUGCUGUUCCUGCAGAGACGGGAGCAGUGGUGGUGGAAGGAGCAAACGCGGAGGCUGGAAAAAAUCCAAGCAUCCCUGCUCAACACGACUCAACUACCCUUGCUCAAGACGCCUCUAACAUUACUGCAAAAAAAGGCUCGGCCAUCGCUGUCAAAAAAGAUACGGUUGCUGCUGCUGCUAAGGCAGAUUCAAGCGCCCGUCCCACUCGCCACGGCAUGAGCACGAGAACCAGGUCCGGCACUCUCCGUCCUCCUCCCUCCUCCAAACCUGCUCCCAAGCCUGCUGCCAAACCUGCUUCCAAGCCUGCUGCCAAGGGUGGCAGCAAGAAGGGGAAGGGAGCUGCGGCUGCUGCUGAUGCUGGUGCAGAGGGCAAGAGGAAGGCAAAGAAAAAGGCCAAGCCAGUGUUCCUGCCGCCUGUGUGUAGCGAGUUUGCCACUGCUGCUGUGUGUCUCACAGACUUCACUGCUCUCGCGGACGAACUCAGUGCCAGUGUGCAUAACGCGGAUCAGCUUAUAGCGGAUCGCUUGGCAGAGAAGGCCAUUCCUAAAGUGGAGCUCGAAGAGAAGCGCAAGGAGCGGCACGCAAAGAGGCAGCAGAGGCAAGCUGCACAGCUGGCAGCACAGCUAGCGGCAACGAUGGCAGCAGCGGGGCAGUACGCAGGGGGGUACGGCGAGGGGCUGGCCCUGGGCCGAUCGAGGCGGGAGAGGAAACCCGUCACCUACACCUUCGAUGACUUUGAUCGUUCUAUCAACGAUGCCAUCACGCUACCUUCCAAAUCCCGUGAGCUUCCUCCCGAGCACGCCCCCACUCGCGAGGGCCUCCGACAGCUGGCAGGGCGGCGCGUUUUGUCUGCUAGCAGUGAUGCGGUUGGUAGUGGUGUGGGGGGGGAUGGAGGAGGGGAAGGGGGUGUGGGAGGAGGGAGGGGAGGAGAGGAGGAGGAGGGAGAGAGAGACAGGGGAGGAGGUGAAGGAGGAGGAGGAGAAGGGGAAAGGGAAGGAGGAAGAGAAGGGAAAGAAGAAGAGGGAGGAGAAAGAGGAGGAGAGGAAGAUGGUUUAAGAGUUGGGACGUCUGGGGAAGGUUCAUAUGGGGAAGGAGAGAUGGAAGAGAAGGUGGGGAAGGGUGCAGAGGGAAAGGGGUCUGGGGAACCAGAUGAAGGGUUGUAUAAGGAUGGGAAAGGAGGGAAGAGGAGAGGGCGGAUAAGUGGAGGGGACAGGGAUGGUGAGAAGGAGGAGGGUGAUGAUAAGGAGAGUGAUAGUAAGGAUGGUGAUAGUAGUGAUGGUGAUUGGAACGAGAGUGGUGAUAUUGAUGGGAAUGGGAGUGAUGGUGAGGAGAAUGAAGGGACGCAGAAAGGGAGGAGGGAGGGAGGGGAAGGGGAAGAAGAGGAGGAUGAGGACAGGAAGAGAAGGGUGAAAGGGAAAGAUGAGGAGGAAGGGAGGGGGCAGGAGGAGAGGGAAAAGGAAGAAGCAGAAAGUGAGGGAGAGAAGGUGGAGAGAAAUGAAGAGAGGGAAGAGAGGACGGUGGUAGAUGCAGAGGAGGGGAAGAGACAGGUGAAGGGGGGUAAGGCAGACGAGGAGGGGGAUGAGGAUGAGGGAGAGGGGGAUGAAGAGUAUGGGCUUGAGAGGAAGAAGCAGGAACAGGAUGGUGGUGGUGGUGAAGAAGCUAAUAACAAGGAUGGUCAAAGAGAGCCGAGGAAGGGAGAGGCGACAGGAGGAGGGAAGGAAGUGAGAGAGGGGACGAGUGUGAGAGGGAAAAUGGAGGAGGGAGUGGAUGAGGGGGUGGAUGGGGGAGUGGAUGGGGGAGUGGAUGGGGGAGUGGGGAGAAGAAGGAAGGAGAAGAGAAGAAAACCUGAAGCUGCAUCUAGGCCAAAAGAAGUGAAGGAGGCUCGAUGCAUCGAGGCCAAGCCUAGCUUAGACGCACAGGAAGGGGAUGGGAGAAGAAGGCUCAGGAGAAAAGGCGGUGGCUUGGUGGGAGGGGAAUUGGGUGGGAAUGAGGGGAUGCAGGGAGGGGGUGGGGGAGUGAGGGCAAGGACUAGGUGGGGAGGGAGGAGGCCUGAUGGUGUGUCGUUUAAAGAGGAGGAGAGUGGGGAGGAGGGGAGUGGGGAGGAGGGGAGGGGUGUGGAGGAAGGAGGGAGGAGUGGGGAAGAGGAAGAGUGGGACGCGGAGAGGGAGGAGGGGGAGGAGGAGGAGGAAGGAAAGGUGGGGGGGCACGAGGAAGGGAGGAGAAGCGUAUCUGGGAAGGUUAGGAAAGACGAUGCACAUGGACGUAGUGGGGAUGGUGGAGAUGGUGCCACUGCUAAAGACGUUGGUGCUGAUGGGGCUGCUGCUAAUGGUGCUCCUGAAGCUAAUGCUGGUACUGGGGAUGCUAAUAACGAGGACAGCAUUGGGGAUGUGGAGGGGGAGGUGGUGUACUAUGAGGAAGAGGAGGAGAGCGCAGCGAGAGAGAGGAGGAAAAGAGGGGUGGCGGGGAGGGUACCAGACGGGAAGGGGAGAGGGCGUGAGAGGGUAAGGGCGAAGGAGAAGAGAGGGGAGGAUGAGAAGGGGGGGAAAUCGGGCAAAAGGCAGGUUAAGAGUGGUGUUUUUUCUUAUGGUAUAGAGAUACCUGGGGUGAAGGAGAAUACUGGGAGGCUAGGAGAAGGAGAGGAGAAGGAAGGGGGGACUGGAAAGGGAGAGGGGGAAAACGGGGUGGAGGAAGAGGAGGAGGAUGAAGAGGAUGAGGAAGAGGAGGAAGAGGAGGACGAGGAGGAAGAAGAGGACGAGGAGUGGGCUGACGUGCAGCCGCUACCGCAGGACGACGGUCCGGAUCCCGUCGUGCCGAUCGCGUAUUCGCGCGAGUUCGACGACGCCAUGAGCCUCAUGCGCGCCGUUCUCGCGUCCGGCGAGCGCAGCGCGCGCGUCCUGCGCUUGACGGAGCGCGUUAUCUCCGUCAACGCUGCUAGCUACACCGCGUGGCAGCUCCGACGUGACGUUCUCACGCAUCUGCUGUCGUUAGCCGAACCGGAAGCCACGUCAUCGAAGCCCGCGUCCACGUCAUUGGAUAAGAAUCGAGGGGAUGAAGGCGAUUGGCUGGUUCAGGAUGAGGUUCUUUACGCUGAAAAUGUGACUUUAUCGAAUCCCAAGAAUUAUCAGGUGUGGCACCAUCGCCGCUGGUUGGCUGCUCUUCGCAAAGAUAGGGUUACCAGACGCCAGAAACAGGGAGAUUCAAAGAACUACCACGCGUGGUGCCACAGGCAAUGGGUGGCCAGAGAAUUCGACACGUGGCAUGGUGAGCUGGCGUUCUGUGAGAAGCUGCUGGACGAUGAUGUGCGCAACAACUCAGCAUGGAACCACAGAAUGUUUGUACUGGAGCAUCUUAUAGCGAAGCAGAAGCAGGGAGCAGAACAGGUGGGAGGAGGAGCCAAUCAGGAGAAGGAUUCCGAAACUAGGGUUACACCAGUAACAGUGGAUGACGAGGUGGCGUUUGCAGUGACCGCCAUCUGGCUUGCUCCGUCCAAUGAGAGCCCUUGGCGGUAUCUCCAAGGGCUGAUUCGCCUGCAGGAGAAAGAAGCAGCGGGUGUGGGUACGGAAGGUGAUGUGAAGCUUCUUGGAAUCUGCGUGGAUGUGCUGGCAAGUGAACCGGAUUGUGUUCAUGCGUUAGCGACUCUGCUCUUGGUGCUUGGUCGGGGUUGCAUGUCUGAUAAAGUGGGUUCAGUUUUAGGGUUGAGCCAGGAUGAUACUGGUGGUGGUGUGGGUAUUUCAUGCGUGGAGGCAGCUAAAGCUGUGUGUGAGAAGCUGCAAAAGGUGGAUAAGAUUAGGGCCGUCAGCAUACAGCGGGAGACGGGAGGGGCGGCGGGAUCAGCCUCGAGCGCGUGGACUGUCGAUUACAGUCGGGCAGCAGGCUCCGUCGUUCCCCCUCUCCCUCCUGUUAACUUCCGCGGCUCCCCCCUCCUCACCUUGACCUCCCCGCGCCCCCCUUCUCCCCUUUUCCUAGGCGUGGACCGACGCUUACGGUCUGGCGGCAGGCUCUGUCCUUCCGCCGUCGCGCAUCGCCCUCCCGCCCAACGUCCCCCCCGCGCCGCAUCUGGAGGACUGCGCGGCGCGCACGGCGCAGCGCCUGAAAACGGAGAUGCGCGGACUCAACGGGAAGCCGCCGCGAUGGACGCGCGCGCGGGGCGGGUGCCGGUACCCGCAACCCCCGUGGUAUUCCCAUCCCCGUUAUUGUCACACUCGCUCUCUCAGGUGCGAGGCUCAGAUGCUGCCAACCUGGCAGCGACCCGCCAAGCACAGGCCGACAUCUGGCUGCACCAGUUCCCCAACCAAUCACCGUCAUAUGACACGUCAGCAGCUGCCACCUCAGCAGCUGCCACGUCAUCCUGCUCCGGGCGGCGGCUCUUCGUCGUGGAUUGGCCGAAGAGGAAGCACGGCAUUGGCUCUCAGCUUAGCAUCAUGAGCGCUUACUUAAGCCUCGCGCUGACUCACAACCGCACUCUCGUUCCCACUCCUGGCACUUACUUAAGAGCCAACCACUCCGAGUGCUUAGCAGCUGGGAACUUAAACUCGUUUGACUGCUAUUUCUUCCCCUUGGUUGCUAAGAGCUGCGAGGAGAGAGUGAGGGGGGUGAUGAGGGGAGGAGGGGAGGCUGGAGGCGGGGUAGGGAGUGGGGGGCAUAAAGACAGACAUGAGGAGGGGGAGGCAGGACGAAGGGCAGCAGGAGAAGGGGGAGAAGCAGAGGAGGGGAAGGAGUGGGAGGGGGCGUGUGCCGAUCACAGCAACGUGCGGGCCUUGUUGGGCUCAGAUCGACCAAUCGUGAGGUUUUGUGGAAACUACCUGCACCUGAAAUACGAGGCUGGCGCUGUGAGGUUGUGGGGGUUGGCGUACCUGAAGCGGCGCAACAGCAUUGAAGUGAGGGGGCGUGUGAAGGCCUCGGUUCCGAGGCUGCAGCAGGUGCACUGGUGGCGGUCGCAGUCGCUGCGCUUCAUGCUGAGGUGGCCGUCGGCGUACCUGUGCCACGUCAGCAACAGGGUGCGGCAGCAGGCGUAUGGGCUCCACGUGGCAGUGCGGAUAGAGGAGUCACGAGCAGCUCAGAAGAGGAUUCUUGACUCUCUUAGUGCUGCUGCUGACUCCACUGCUGAUGUGGUGAGUGUGCAUGUGAGGCAGGGCGACAAGCAGAAGGAGAUGAAGCUGAGCUCGUUCAAAGCGUACAUGCUGCACGUGCAACGGCUGAGGCUCAGGGUCCCGGAUGUUCAUUACGUGUGGCUCAGCACUGAGAUGCAGUCUGUCAUUGACCAAUUGGGCACCUACAGCGACUGGACCUUCCUGUACAGCAAGAACAAGCGCCAGCUUGGGUCAACCCAGAUGCUGGAAUAUGAGAAGGCAGCGGGGCUGGAGCAGCUGGUGGGGGUCAGCUUUGCUAAUCUGCUCAUUGCCUCGGAGUGUGAAUUCUUGGUCGGGCCGCUCGGGUCGAACUGGAACCGGCUGAUUAACAAUCUGAGGAACACGAAUGGGAGGGUGAAUGCAGGUUAUGUGGCUCUAAACACUGGUGAAUGGUGA